AUGUCUUCGAUAUCUCGUCUUCCCGAGACCACCACUCGCCUUCUGAGUUCCUACGCGGUCAUCACCUCUCCCGUGACUCUAGUGAAGGAGCUUCUGGACAAUGCAAUCGACGCCAAAGCCACCUCAGUCGACGUGCUAAUGUCUGCCAACACCGUGGCAAAGAUCCAAGUCCGAGAUGACGGAGUUGGCAUCCACCCCGACGACUACGAUGCAUUGGGCAGACGUGGCCACACCAGCAAGCUCAGAGACCUGGUUCAGCUGAGAACCGUUGCAGGCAAGAGCCUUGGCUUCCGCGGCGAGGCAUUGGCAAGUGCAAACUCCAUGGCUAACAUCACCGUCACCACCAAGACGUCAAGCGAACCUAUCGCCGCCAUCCUUCACAUCAACCCCGGCGAGGGAGGCGUGGCCAAGCAGCAGCCUACCUCGGCGCCAGUAGGGACGACCGUCUGCGUCACUGGUCUCUUCGGUCAGAUACCCGUUCGCGAGCAAACAAUGGUCAAGGAGGCAAAGAAGACCCUCGACAAGAUACAGGAACUCCUCCGAACAUAUGCCAUGGCAAGACCCCAGCUCCGUCUGUCCUUCAAAGUCCUUCAGAUGCCAACCAAGAACUGGUCGUAUGCUCCAAACCGCGAUGCCACCAUCAAGGAGGCAAUCAUUCAGCUAGAAAGCGCAGGAAUUGUAGCUUCUUGUUCCUUGAAGCUUUCAACCCUUCCCUCAGGCUAUACCUUGGAAGCUUUCAUCGUAAAGCCCGAUGUUGAUCGUCACAAAGCGGCCUCAACCCAUCGAUACUUCUCGGUCGAUGGCCGUCCUAUUACUGCGAAGGGCACAAUGAAGAAGAUCCUAGCCAUCUACAAGGAGCACCUGGGCGACAUCAAUGACCCAUUCAUCAGACUCAACAUUGUAUGCCCCCCUGGAAAUUAUGAUGCCAACAUAGAGCCAUCCAAGGACGGCAUCCUAUUCGCUGAGGAAGAAGUUGGGCUAGAUGGGUUCAGGAGCCUGUGCACGGAGGUAUACAAGCCUAUCGAACAUGGAGAGACUAGCACGAUCUCUCCGGCAGUGACUUUGCCUACGUCCAAGCCCCCAAUGCCUGUCGAUCACCAAGAGAGUAGCCCUGCCGCUCCACCGGCGCCUAUGCCCGCAGAGGUUCACAAGCCCGUCUUUCAUCAGGAGGCCACCCCCAUCGAAUUGGUCAGGGCAACGGCUAUGUUCAACCCUCCAAUGACGCCAGAUCCCCCUAUUCUUCGAGAUCCUCGAGUAACCGCUCCUGGGGAUCUUGGUCUUCUACCGAGUCAUACCUUCGGACACCUGCAUAAUGAUAAUCCUGCUCGACAGAGAUUCACUGUUCCCGGGGGCGCUUACCGCAGUCCUAUUUCGAGUCCGGCUGAAAGAAGACCUGCCAAUGCUCCGGGACGGGGCUCGAUGAAGCAAAGCCGAAUAUCAUUCAACCCCGCCAGAGCAAAGCGCAGCCAACGCCCUCCGCUGGGUGGACUUGAUGAACAAAGACUUGAUGAGCGAGACAACGCUCGAGAGUUACGUGCGCCAGCAAAACGCAGUCAUCCGCCUUCUUUCGAUGAGUUCGACGAGCAGAGGUUUGACAAUGGAGAAAACAUGCAAGCAAUGCGCACAUCAGCGAAGCGCAAUCUUAACUAUCAGUUAUCGCGACCAGAGGCAAACCUGUCCCUUCCGGUGCCUCAACAGCCUGAGUAUCGCGAGAAUUAUGUCACCCAGGUGCCGGACAACUCUGUCCGAGAAAACCCCAGAGUCCGAGAGGAUAAGGAGCCGAUCAAGACCAGCCUGCCUACUGGCGAUCCUCGGGCAUAUCUCUUGCGUAGACAGAAGUCUAUGGCUGCGGUAGAGAACAGCGCGCGGCCGGCGAAGCUCAGGCGAUUGAAGAGCAGCCUCAUGCCGCUCGAGAAUGUCCUGCCCGGGGAGGAAACUCAUUGCCUUGCGUGGGUUGUCAAUGUUGAUAUCCAUGGCCUAUUCGCAUCGACGAGCCAGAUGCAGCAGUACGACAAGUACGUGGCCGAGGGUAUCUUUGAGGAUGGCCUGGAAAUGAGCCUCGAGGAAGGCCGUCAAGUCGAGGGGCGGCUGAAAAGACUGCUCGAUUCGCAAAAGGAGAAUAUCGCAAACGCCGAAGAUGGGGAAGUUGGUGUGUCACUCAACCUCGGUACUCUGCUGAAGGGAAAGGGUUCUGCGGUUGAGGACUGA